UUCAAAUAGCUCCAACCAAAGCCAAGCCUCACUAAACCCCGACAUUCUUCCCCUCCGCCGACGGCGGCAGAGGGUCAAUGAACGAUCUCUCCGGUACCGGCGUCGCCACAUCGAGCCGCCGGCUCUGUGCUCCGGUUCCAGCUUCCGUCCCUUUUGUGCUUUUUCUGCUCCUCCUUCCGGCCACUGUGGUCUCCCUUUUCAUCUUCGUAGUGGUCGGAAACGCACUCUUCCUCGCUGCACUUCUGCUACUCUCAGCUCUCAUCGUUUCACUUCUCCUCUGGAACACCUUAAGCUUCAGGAGGAACCUGGCUGUCCUCCACUUCGUAGACCGCCUGCGCGUUUCCGACCUUCUCACUGCCUCCCAUGGUCAGCUUGUCAAGAUAACCGGCCUUGCUGAAUGUGGUGAUAUUCCGUUAGAAUCUUCAUAUGAAAAGGUUGAGAGAUGUGUUUAUACGUCAACUCUUUUAUAUGAAUAUAGUGGAUUUGGAUUUAAUAUUUCAAUGAAGGACUAUCAUACUGGAUCGAGGAUUGUAAGUGCUGAUGACAGAUAUUUUUGUUGGAAGUUGGCAUAUUUGGAGAGAUUUACUGCUGACUUCUACAUAACAGAUUCAAGAUCUGGAAUCAGAGCUGUAGUGAAAGCUGGUUCUGAUUCCAAAGUGAUUCCUCUGGUCACCGAAACCUCCAUCGUACAUACUAAAAAGAAAAACAGAGUAAUAUCUUCUACUCUGCAGAAAUGGCUGGAAGAAAGGUCCCUUCCAGUUGAACCUCGCUUACUCCAUCUCAAAGAAGGGUUCAUCAGGGAGGGCACCUCUUUGAGUGUGGUCGGGAUGCUCAGCAAAAAAAAUGGCAUUUUUAUGAUUGUUCCACCCCCAGAAGCUAUCUCCACAUGCUGUCUGUUUCAGAAGCUGCUUCUUCCUGUUGAUAUUGAUGGGCUUAUUUUGAAAUUUGGGAAUGAGAAUUGAACUCCUGACAGCCAUUUUUUCAAGGAUGCUAUAUCUUGAGGAGGUGAGCUGUCAUUACGUUACCCUGUGAUAAGCCUUCAGGCUUGCGGACAAAUUUGAUGCAGCCAUAAAAUUAAACAUAACACGUGCUCCAUCCAAAAGGAAGGAGUCAAUUUGACCGGAACUUAUGCCUUGCCGCCAUGAGGUGCAGCGCAGCGUGUUCGAACAGCUUAAUGCUAUUUUCUUUUUCUCUCAAUUAGUGUAUAAUUAUGAGA